AUGACAACAAAGUCAUCGACGAACAAGAGGGAAGAACUCAAUGCCCACGUAAAGGGCGCAAAGAUAGAUGAGGCCACCGAGAGGGGCUGGGAGAUUCCAAACGUCACAAUUAAACAAUUGAGGGACGCCAUCCCAGCUCACUGCUUCGAGAGAGACACCCUCCGCUCCAUGUCCUACGUCGUUCACGACUUUGCCAUUGCUGCCGUCCUCGGUUUCAUGGCCACAUACAUCGACUUAAUACCAUCAUUUGCCAUUCGUGCCGUCCUCUGGCCACUCUACUGGGUGUGCCAAGGUAUCGUAUGCACCGGUCUCUGGGUACUUGGUCAUGAAUGCGGUCACCAAGGUUUCAGCUCACACAAGAUUGUAAACUACUCUGUUGGUAUGGUAUUGCACUCUUUCCUGUUGGUUCCAUUCCACUCGUGGAGAAUUACCCAUUCCCAGCAUCACAAGAACACUGGACAUAUGAACCAGGACCAGGUGUUUGUGCCACACGGAAGAGAGAAGUCUAGCCUGCCACCAAAGAGCAGCGACCCAACUCCAGAGGGCCCACACUCAAUGUUUGACGAGUCACCCAUCAUGACAUUGCUCGACAUGAUCAAGAUCUUCACCGUUGGCUGGCCAAUCUACUUGCUGACCCAUCUGUCUGGCCAGACCUACUCCGAGCCAUGGACCUCGCACUUCAACCCAUACUGCGCUCUCUUUGACCAGAAGCAGUUCUGGGACGUCGUCCAGUCGGUGGUCGGCAUUGGCGCCAUGAUUUCGGCGCUGACCUACGCCAGCAGCCACACCGACCCCAAGCUGCCCCACUACCGCGAGGGCGUCUGGAACUUUGAGCGUGGAGCAUUGCUCACCGUCGACCGUUCCUUUGGCAAGGUGCUGGACUACUUCCACCACCACAUCGCCGACACCCACAUUGCCCAUCACGUCUUCUCCACCAUGCCACACUACCAUGCCGAGGAGGCCACCAGACAUCUGAAGAAGGCUCUUGGCAGACUCUACCUGUUCGACACCACCCCCAUCCCCCAGGCUCUCUGGCGCUCAUGGACUCAAUGUCGUUUCGUCGAGGAUGAAGGUGAUGUCGUCUUCUACAAGAACUAA